AUGCUUAUAUGUCCUCGGUGGUCCAGCUUCACCUACCCGACUCCUCCCUCCACACCGUCGGAAGGCUCUCUCAAGCCAUGCUUUUUCUUUCUACGGGACAAUAGCUGCAAAUUUGGAGCGCGGUGCAAAUUCUCGCACAAUGUGAGCAGCAGCACACUGCCGGCCCGGCAGCCCUAUGGGAGGCAUCCCGGCGCCCCUUCAAGCCUGCCUGGUAACAGACACGAUCGCUCAUCAGAGGGCAAGCUAUCAACAUGGAAGCGAAUGCUCAAGAGCGGACAAGAUACGGCCCGACCUUCACAGGCUAUAGUCAGCCAGUUUCUCAAGUUGGCCGUGGAGCUUAUGGAUGGAGACGUUGGCGGCGCUCAGGAGACGAUCAGGCUCCUCGUCACAGAAGCCGGUCUAUCAUUCAUCAAGGACGUCAUCGACCGGCACAUCCCAAUGGACAAUAUAUCCAUCACAGGCAACCGUCUCUGGGAAACGGAGAUCAAGCCACUGUUCCAGCUUGUGACCCAUCCUCGUGUGGUUGACUCUGCCGUCUUGGAGCAAGAAGUCGCAGCCAUAUUCAACUACCUCGUCGGAGUGGGAGGUGCUAGGAUGAACAAGCUGUUCCACUAUGUUGUCUCGCUUUUCCAACAAUGGCCACCCACCUCGACACAGGGAUCACUCAUAGAGGCUGUCGAGCUGUCUCUUGCAGUGUUGGCCAAGAUGCUGGACUGUAACACUACAAACAUCAUCAACGAGGCCUUCUCGACAUUUGCCGACAGCUUAGCCAGUCCCCUGGAUAAGUCAGAGGAGCCGGACGAAAUGGUCCAUCGCCUACAAGCAAAGAAGCAUCUUCAUUACAUCCGUCAGCGUCUGCAGAUUGGAGAUGAGCUUCCGGAUCUGGCGACGCGACCUCAAGCUUCUGUGACGCGAGAGACCUUUAUGCUGACCCGAGAUCUUCCUGGCCGCUUGUCUCGGGGAGGGCCAAGGCACAACAACGAUCACGCAAACAUCGCCCACAUCAAGAUACUGCCAACGUACGAGGAAAUCAUGUCGCCGCGAGAGGAGUAUCUACCAACCAAUGACUGCUCCCAGUGGCAUAUCCCUGGCAUUCGUGGGCGUCUUGACAGGGAGUUCCGUCUCAUACGAGAAGACACGGUUGGGCAGCUCCGAGAUGCAGUCCGCGAUGCUUUUACCCAAAUUCGCGGUGCCACCGCCGGUGUCAGCCACCAUGCGAACUCCAACAACUUGCGAACGUAUACAUACGGCUCUGCCGCUCUCAUUGACCUUCAGUUCGACACGAACACUGGUCUGGAUCUAAUCGUCCGUUGUGCGCAGCCUCCUGCAGUGCGGGCGCUCAGCGCUCGACAGAGAAGGGACUGGUGGGAGAAAUCAAAGCGGCUCCAAGCCGGCGCACUCGUAUGCGUCUUGGAUGGAACUGAGUCCGUCAUGUUUUGUAUCGUGUCCGAGUCCACAAUGAGGAACAAGGACGACAAAAAGGACCGCUUUGAGAAGAAGCCAGCGGAUGAGGAUCUAGAGACCCCAGAGAAACGCGAGCCGUUGACUCUUUCAGAUAAUGAGAGCUACUUGCACGUCAAUUUGCAGCUCAUCGAUGCAAACCCAGAUGACGUUGCCCAAGCUCUUGACUGGUACACGGGCAUAAAAUCAUCACACCAUCGAUAUCUCGUCGAAUUCCCUGGCAUUCUUCUGGCGUCUUUCAAGCAUACCCUUGAUGCUCUCAAGGAAAUGUCUCAGAGGCCUAAGAUGCCAUUUGUUGAUCUCUUGGCUCCUACAAACGUGACUACUACCGAAGUCGACCUGCAGCCCCCUUUGUACGCGAGAAAGGCUGGCUUUGCCUUUGACAUCAGGUGUAUAACGAACGAUCAGGCCGAGUUGCUUGUUUCGCCGCAGCGGCCCCUGAAUCCAAGACUGAUUGAGUCGCGGACCACCCUCGACCGUACCCAGUCUUCUGCCCUCUUGAAUACCCUGUCGCGGGAGCUGUCGCUCAUUCAAGGUCCGCCCGGUACCGGCAAGAGCUAUAGCGGCGAAAAGAUUAUCAAAGUCUUAUUGGCAAACAAGAGGAUUGCCAGUAUUGGGCCGAUAUUGUGCGUCUGCUACACGAAUCAUGCGCUGGAUCAGCUUCUUGAACACCUUCUUGAUGAUGGAAUCAAAAAGAUUAUACGCAUUGGCUCCCGAUCAAAGUCAGAGAGGCUUCAAGCCCUCAACCUACGGAUGGUAUCCCAAAAUAGCGACCGCACGCGAUCGGAAAAGGGCAGCCUCUGGGACAUACAGCAGGAAUUGAAUGAACUCCGAAACAGCAUGAAGGACUCGCUUCAAAGGCUCUCGGCAUCGGACUCGCUACAGUCCAUCAAGACGUUUCUCGCGCACCACUUUCCCAGGCAUCAUGACGCGCUGUUUGGCGUGGAAGAAGACGGGUGGCAGACGGUUGGCAACCGACCUGACGUGGCCUUGCGGCGGUGGCUUACGGGUGGCUCGCGUGACAACACUCACUGUCGAGAUCUCGGAGUCCUAAGGCAGACGAGACUAUCCGUCAUGAACCACGCCGAGCGCCAAGCAUUACAUCGAGACUGGCUGGAGAGCAUCGUGGCUCCCAUCCUCCGGACCAUUACCAGCCUUCAGAGUGAGUACGCCGAGCUGAUGGAGCGGCGUGGUCGUGUGCGCAGCGAUGUGGAUUUACGCUGCCUGAACCAGGCGGAUAUCAUUGGAGUGACAACAACAGGCCUGGCCAAGAACUUGGAUCUUCUCCGAAAACUACGAUGCAAGGUCAUGCUGUGCGAGGAAGCUGGAGAGGUAUUGGAGGCGCACAUCCUGACGGCACUGCUGCCGUCGAUCGAACAUGCCAUCUUGAUCGGUGACCAUCUUCAGCUGCGCCCGCAGAUACAGAACUACGAGCUUCAGAGCACAAAUCCCCGGGGCAGACAAUAUUCCCUCGACACGUCCUUGUUCGAAAGGCUCGUCGAGCCGCCACACCUGACAGACUUGCGGCUUCCAUUCAGCACGUUGGAAACCCAGAGAAGAAUGCACCCAUCGAUCUCUGAGCUCAUUCGGUCAACGCUGUAUCCAUCCUUGCAAGAUGGCGAGAACGUGAUGAAUUAUCCAAAGGUAGCCGGAAUGAAGGACCGACUCUUUUGGCUUCACCAUGAGCAUCUGGAAGCCGGUGCGGCAAGUCACGACCCCUUGAACACCUCCCACUCGAAUGAUUUCGAAGUCGAGAUGACCGUGUCUCUCAUAUCCCAUCUCGUCAAGCAGGGAGAAUACUCCCAAGACGACAUUGCCGUCAUUACACCAUACCUAGGACAACUACACAAGCUGCGGCGUCGAAUGCAAUCCAUGUUCGAGAUCUGCCUCAACGAUCGCGAUCUUGCUGAGCUGGAAGAUUUUGAAGACAGAGACGGAGAGGCCCCGAUGACGGCGAAGUGGAAACAGUCCGGCAAGACAACGCUUCUCAAGAGUGUCAGGGCCGCAACCGUUGACAACUUCCAGGGCGAGGAAGCCAAGGUCAUCAUCAUCUCCCUUGUCCGGAGUAACUUGCAAAAGAAAUGUGGCUUUCUCAGCACGUCUAACCGGAUCAAUGUUCUAUUAUCGCGGGCGAAGCACGGCAUGUACAUCAUCGGAAACUCAAGCACAUACUACAAUGUUCCCAUGUGGGAGCAAGUCAUUGAUAUGCUGACGGCAAGCGGCCGCCUCGGCACACACCUGGAGCUUCAAUGCAGCCGGCAUCCAAACACGCCCAUCCGGGUCUCAAAGCCUGACCAUUUCCUGCAGUUCUCUCCCGAGAGCGGAUGCAACCUGCCAUGUGACAAGAGACUUCAUUGCGGCCAUUCUUGCACCGCCUCGCGCUCCCGUGCGGCCACCGGCUGCCUUCGCCCAAGUGCUGGGAGAAUCAAGAUCCCGCUGCUGUUCGCUGCAAGGUCCCCGUCAGACGCACGGUGCCAGGCUGCAGUCAUGAGGUCGAGGUGCAAUGCCACGAAGACUUGUGUAGGUCCUUCGCUCUGCGGAGAAGCAUGUCCUGAUAAGGCUUUCUGCCAGCAGUGCGCAAGUGAAUCUGUGAGAUCCAUAUGUGUUGACUUCCUCGAGAUGAAAGAGUAUCAUGAGAUAAAUCUAGACGAGGAGCCUUGCAUUUUCCCAGAUUGUGGACAUUUCCUGACCACGUCGUCAAUGGAUGGCCAGAUGGGCAUGAGUGCAUACUAUGACAUGGAUGAGGAAGGCCAUCCAACGCGGCUUAGCAAAACUUCCGAGCCUUUCUCGCUGGACAAGUCUGGCAUCCCAGUCUGCGCAACCUGCCGGGGCUCUCUUCGAAACAUUGCCAGGUAUGGCCGAAUCGUGCGGCGAGCCAUACUAGACGAAUCAACCAAGAAGUUCCUGGCCUGGUCGCAUGAGCAGUACCUCUCCCUAGCAAAUCGGCUGAUCAAGGAAGAGGAGAAGCUUGCGCAGGGAACCGCUGGACACGCGGGCCAGGACAAUACAGGCCCCUCGAGCCUUAAAAAGGGUCAGUUCAUCGGCUCAGCCCAGAGGCUGAAGCAGCUUCGAGAGCUGCAGAGAAUGGUGGGAAAGGAGAGGUAUGACUCCAUCAUCGAGCUUUGGAGGCAGAUUGGGAGGCACGCCAAUAAUGUUCGGCUGGAAGAGCAGCCAUUCCAGCGGGUGGCAGACCUCGUGCAGUUUGCCAACCGCGAAAACAAGGCAAGCCGAGAGGAAUUUCGGUACGACGAGUCCGUCGUUCAGGUCAAGGGGUCGCUUCUUGCAGACGCUCUGCUGCUCAAAUGCGAGAUUGCGAUCCUCUUCGACUUUCAUCGCUGGAUGACGCGGGGAGGCCUGGCGCAGGCGGAGACGGAAGUCAAGCUGGACUUGUCAGCCCACUGGUCUGACUGUGUUAGACUCAUUGAACAGUCUCGCCUGCGCAAGUACGUGAGGGAAGAAGUACAGGGCCACAUUUUCGCCGCGCAGCUCUGCGGAUUGUGCUUGUCGUUUGACGAAUCCGCCAGUAUGUGGUCUGCCAAUAAGGGCGCCAAGAAGGAGCAAACACCGGACAGUCUGAGAGAAGAGGCGCUGAGCCAUAUCCAGCAAGCUCGGACUAUAUUGUCCCAGUAUCCUUCAACGGCCUCGUUUCAGGGAGAGAUUGACAACGUUGAGAUGCUGAUCAACGGCGGCAUAUACCGCCGAGUCACGGCGGAGGAAAUGCGAGCAGUGUACAGCGCAAUGACGAGUGAGUUCUCGGGCACCGGGCACUGGUACACCUGCGAGAACAACCAUCCGUUUACCAUUGGCGAAUGCGGAAUGCCCAUGCAGGAAGCGAGAUGUCCCGAGUGCGGAGCCAGGAUAGGGGGGCAGAACCAUCGGGCGGUAGCGGGGACGAGACAUGCGACAGAAAUUGAGAAUCUGGCGAGAGGCAUGAAUGGAUUGGGCCUGUGA